UUCAAAUACACUCGAGACUGACCAAAUUCUUUUGUAGACUUGGAUGCCAGUGUCCGGGAAUUCAGAGAAAUCCUGCAAAGCGCGUGGCUGAGGGACUGUCGCUGAUGCGAGAUCGGGAAUGGGAGGAAAAGGAAAAGUCUUAUCAUGAACAUGCGAUCGCCGAACUCAAUACACUGGUGCGGAGAUAUAAUGGCAUUGCGCCCUAUGCGGUUCGACGAGGACUACAUACGCGCGAAGUUGAAUUAGCUCGCUGUUAUGAAACAAGCGGCGAGCGGAUACUGAGCGAGCUCAGGGCCGGUCAGUCCCAGAGAACGACUUCCUCCUCGGUGUACCCGCAAGCACGCACUUCCAUGGAGGAAACCCCAAAUCUAUG